AUGGAGACGUCCUUGAAGGGGGAAAUUUUUGCCAUGAAAGUUGCAAUUCCCCGACAACGGCACAUCGAAGGUCUUCAUGAAAAGGUGCAGGAUUAUGAGACUAUGUUGAAAGAGAUGGGAAAUCGGGUCGACGGCCGAUCUGCGAAGCGCAUUAAAGAUCUACUCCAGAAGUAUAACCCCGAUUCAGGGUAUACCUCAAAUGGAACGCCUGAUGCGUCUCAGGACCGGAAUGGGUCAUCUAAGCGAUCCAGUUCACCUUCGUCCAUCGGGUCAUUGGAAGCGGUAGAUCGAGUCGAGGAAGACCUCAAUUUAACAGAAAGCUCCCGGGCCACUGGAUAUAUGGGCAAGAGCUCAGAGAUCACAUGGAUGGGCCGGGUGCAGGAAGAGGCAGAGCAGCGAACUCGCGGUCAAUCACCACAAGCUACAUCCGAAGAUCACACCAGUGACAAAAUCUCUCCAUCCACGAUCAACUAUCAUCUUGAUGACCUUGGUGUUGAAGCACCCGGCCCGGUACAAAUGUAUUGGGUGCCUCCUCGACAGCUGGCAGAUCAUCUGUUUGAAACUUAUCUGCUCGCAGUUCACCCGCAUUUCCCUAUCAUCAACAGCAAUCUGUUUUCCACCCAAUACAGGGAAUUCUUCGAUGAGAUAUCUUAUGCGGGUGAUAAAUGGAUGGCAAUACUGAAUAUGAUCUUCGCCAUUGCGACAGAAUACUUAUAUAACAGCGAUGUGGCACAGCGGGGGGAUAUCAAAGACCACCUCUUCUACUUAACGCGAGCUAGAAUGCUAGGUCUGGGCGGCGAUAGUUUAUUCGAACAUCCGGAUCUUCAGCAAGUGCAAAUAGAGGGGUUGAUUGCAUUUCACAUGCUAUCUACAAAUCAGGUUAAUAGGGCGUGGAGAAUCUCGGCUCUAGCAAUUCGGUCCGCCACCUCCCUUGGCCUCAACCUGAAGAGCAGUUCCCAUAAAAUGUCAGGUGUGUCGAAGGAGAUAGGCUGCCGAAUUUGGUGGUGUCUUUACAUGGUCGAACACACGCUAGGUUCGAUGACUGGUCGGGCAACCGCUAUUUCGACCAAUAUGUAUACCACUCAACUGCCUCUUCCCUUAGACGAAGAUCAUUUGUCGAAGCCACCGGCUACAGUGCUUCUUGGAGACUUGGGUAUAAGAGAAAAACGCGUGGACAUGGCCAUGACUAGCCCGCACAUUCGCCACCCCGACCGUCAGGAGACUGAAGAUUCACUAGCUGGGCGCGCGUGGCUUCAAAGCCUGCCAGUCAAUCCCAGCCUUUAUUUCCUAUACUACUGUGAUCUCACAGUUAUGAACCAAGAAAUCCUAGAUCAUAUCUAUUCACCAGAGAAUGCGACAGUAUCUUGGGAAGACAUCAAAGGCAGCAUAGAUCGGCUGAAGGCAAAUGUGGAUGCAUGGUUAUCGAGUCUUCCUCCCGGAUUGGACUUCACUUCUGUGAAAGACGAAAAUCAACAAACCUACUGGGCGAAGACAAAUUUGGCAUUCCACUAUCAUAGCACACGAAUCAUGCUAGGUCGACCAUGUCUCUGUCGGCACAACCCAAAUCGGCCCGACAAGGAACGGAGUCUCGACCAGCAGGGAUUUAGUCACGACAUGGCUGUGAUGACCCUUGAGUCGGCCAUGCAAAUGCUCGAUUUGUUGCCGGACCAGCCGAAUUCUGUGCAUUUAUAUCAGUUUUGCCCAUGGUGGUGUUUCCUUCACUAUAUCAUGCAGACAGCCACAGUAAUCAUAUUGGAGCUGUCGUUCCGCUGUGUGCAUAUGCCAGACCGAAAAAGCAGUUUGGUUCAGUCAGCAAAGAAGUCCGUCCGGUGGCUUUACAUGAUGUCCACACAUUGCAUUGCGUCGCAUCGUGCAUGGAAACUUUGCGAAAGUGCAGUUCGCCGGCUGGUCUCUAGCAUGGGAUACGACACCAGCGACAUACCACCACCAAAUAAGCAGCGAGAUGGCCUGUUUGGUGAUAAUGUUGGCCAUGUACCGCCUGCACAGCUUGAUGGAACAACUGACGGUGCGCAAGGCUUGCCUUCCAACGGUCAAUGUCAAUCGUCAAUUCAUCCCCAUGAAAGUCAUGCCGUGGACCAUUACAACAAUGACUCGGAUCUCACUGAUUCUUUGACGUCUGGACUUUUAUCCACGCCGAAUACCCAAGAGUACACUGCAGGCGAUGCACAUUUCCCUUAUGACCCAAUUAGCGAAGAGUUCCUUCGUUAUUUCUUCCCUUCCCUGGACGGAGGGGAAGAUCUGGGUUGCGAAAAACAUGUAUUAUGA